AAAGACGGCAGCCAAUUAAAUAACCCAGUCAAAACAGGUCGAGCAAUUAAACAGUAAUCGCAAAAAAGGACAAGCAACGGUUUCUUGUGUGUUCCAGGUCACGUGCGGCAUACUGAUGGAGCUAGCCCCAGGUUGUCGCUCGGCCCCAGAUCGACUGACUGCUCCGAGAUUAAGACAGAUUUCAGCGUCCAUCCAAGUCACAAACUCUUGGGCUGCCGCUGUCACUCUCUCACCAGCCACCACCUCCAGCCCUUCGCGAUAAUUGAACCGACCAUCCGAAUCCCAUAAUGUCUGGCAAGAGACCGACUAUGGAGCUGGGCUCCGUCCUGGUAGUUGGAGGAUGCGGCUUUCUAGGAUCUCACAUUGUUGAUCAGUUGCUGAACUUUCCUUCCGAGACCGAUCCCAGCGCUGCCCUUCCGAAGCCCGAGGGAGAUAGUCGAUUUGACUAUCCCAAGCUUGGAGAUCGCUACCCGCGAUGCGUUUCCAAAGUCUCCGUGGCCGACCUGAAAACUACGAAUAACCGAUUGCCUGGCGCUCAAUACUACGAAGCCGACCUGACCUCGACCGAAUCGAUGCUGGAAGUCUUCCGCGCGGCCAAGCCUGACGUGGUUAUUCAUACUGCGAGCGCGAUGUUGACGGACAAGAAACUACUCCACCAACUUAACGUCGAGGGAACAAAGAACUUGCUAGAGGUUGCGGGUGGUGCCUGUGGAGACUGGGGUGGAAAGUGCAAGGCAUUCGUUUAUACGAGUUCAGCCUCUGUUAUCCAUGACACACAGAGUGACCUGAAACAUGUGAACGAAGAUUGGCCCCUGGUCAGAGGAAAGCUGCAGCAGGAGUACUACUCGGAUACCAAAGCGGAAGCCGAAGAGGCUGUCUUGAAAUACAACCGCUCAUCACCCUCCUCAAUGUUGACCUGCGCGCUUCGCCCAUCCGGCAUCUACGGUGAAAAGGAUGGUCAGGUCAUUAUCAAUAUGCUCAACCACGGUGUAAAUGCAUCCUCGCUCGUCCUGAAGAUGCAGUUAGGCGACAACGACAACCUGUUCGACUUCACAUACGUCGGAAAUGUAGCAUACUCCCACCUGUUGGCCGCCUUCCGCCUUCUCGCAGUCCACAAACGCAUCGACUCGGGUCAAGGCGACCUCCUAGACUACGAGCGCGUCGACGGCGAAGCAUUCCUCAUCACCAACGACCAACCCGUCUACUUCUGGGAUUUCACCCAUUACAUCUGGGCCUUAGCCGGCAAAGUCGUCGAGCCAAACCAGGUGUGGGCGCUUCCCGAGUCGCUUCUCGGUCCCAUCGGUGGCCUCGCAGAAAUGGUCUUGGGCCUUCUAGGCAGGACACCGAAGUUGACUAGGCGGGCUGUCCGGUACUCGUGCAUGACGCGGUAUUACUCUUGCACCAAAGCUAAGCACAGACUCGGAUAUACCCCUAUUGUCCCUCUUGACGAGGGUGUUGCCCGUGCUGUCGGAUACUUCCUGGAACGCUGGCGACUAGAAGGCGAGAAGAAGGGGCUGUGAUUUAUGAGACUAGAUGGAUUAAUAUCUUCGUUAUGUACUAUAUAUCCAUGCUACCCGAGGCUACCUUCGUUAUUUAGCCUUACGUAAAUACCUAAUUGUGCUGAUUGGAAGAGAAUCUGCUUUCUUACUUAGGCAUUCCAUCCUUCCUUACUCCCGGUCGCCUUUUUAAGAAACUGGAGUAUGGAGCAUAUAGAUAUGGAUGGCCUCCAGCUUUCUGUCUGCUAUUUUCCACCGACCCUGGCAUUGCGCGCACUGUCCACAAAGAUAUCAAACCCUCAGCUCCAUCCACGCGCAGCCGAUCAGACGCCCCAUCCCGGAACCUUGAAAAUCGGGCCAAUUGACACAAUAGGUAAUGAGUGACACAACCUUACUUUUUUCAAUAGAAGAUGCAUUCGGUGUAGACUCCAAGCACAAUGAUUUAAUAUGAUGUAGUUUUGCAGGUUCCACAUCAAGGGAUAUUGUUGCAGUCUACUCUG